AUGGAAGAAUCGAACACAUUAAAGAAUGGAAGAAUUUACUUGGGAAAAGACUCUACAAUAAUUUUGGGUAUUAGUCCUGGCAAUCCACAAUACCAUAAUGUUCAAAAUCUUAAAAGCUUGUUCGAUUUCGCGCAAAAUCAUUCCACACAAAAAAUCUUACUGUUUCUUACGGAUAAAAUAUCCGAGCAUAAUUACAGAGCAAUUGGAAGUUCAAAUCCUGAAAGAUCGGCAAGAGUGAAAGCAAAUCGCGUGCGUAAUAAAUGCAACGAAACAAUCUGCUUAUGUAAUGGUCAAGGUCGUUUUCAGUUUAUCAAUUGGAGUGAGAAUGUUGAAGUUUCAGGUCCAUAUAUUGAUGCUUUAACUUGUAUCAAACGUCUAUAUGAGGAAAAUUACACAUUUCAAAAAGAUGUUGUGGAAUGUACCAAAGAUGCGUUACUUUCUCUUAAAAAUGGUCGUGAAAAAGCGUCGAUUGAAAAUGGUUUCAACCUUCAAACCAAAACCAUCGAUUUAGAAGAAGGAGUUAACUAUUUACUGAAAGAGCUCGCUUUUUUGUCUGUUGUAAACAAUAUUUAUCAUUGCAGUGAAUCUGUUGUUUUGGUCUACCACAAACGUUGGCCUGUUCUUGAGAAAUAUUUUGAUGGUGGAUAUGAUAACAUUUCUAAGCCAUUCUUAGGAUUUCAUGUUAUGAAAUAG